GUGAAGUGCUAUUAAAAGACACAAAAUGAUUUUGAAUGAAGUUCCACCGAAGAAAAUUAGUAUAUUCAGUGCGCGCUAUCGAUGGCAGCUUAUUGCCACAAUGACGGUGCAUAUAAUGACGCUGACGCACGGCCUUGCGGUGGGCUGGCUGUCGCCAUCUUUGAGACUUCUGGGCUCCGAAAAUAGUCCCCUAGGACCACCUUUAACCAUUGUUCAGGCCUCUUGGGUUGGCUCUUUGAUCGGUCUGGGCUCUCUGUCGGGCAAUAUAAUCUUUGGACUGCUACUCGAUCGUAUAGGAAGGAAAAUGUGCAUGUAUAUUCUGGCAAUUCCCAAUAUGGUAUAUUGGAUCCUUAUCUAUACAGCCCAAGACGUAACCUAUUUAUAUGCGGGACGAUUUCUCGCUGGCAUGUCAGGCGGCGGUGUUUAUGUUGUCCUACCAAUAUUUAUUGCAGAAAUUGCCGACAAUGACGUUCGUGGUGCUUUAUCAUCCAUGGCCAUGAUGUACGUUAGCAUGGGAAUGAUGAUAGGUUUUGCACUAGCCUCCUAUCUCUCGUACUAUCUGAUGCCUUGCAUUAUCGUCGCCCUUCCUGUGAUAUUUAUGGUGUCAGUCAUUGGACUCCGCGAGACGCCCCAAUAUCUGCUGAGGCAUGGUCGUGAUGGGGAAGCUGAAAGAUCUUACUACUUCUACAAGAACCUCACGCCACCAGCCGCCACAAAUAUGGAGGUGGCACACCAUGAUGCUGCUGAAAUGGAAUUUGACACGUUCCGUAUCCAAGUUCUCAGUGGCGGCGUCACACAGAGCAUUACCUGGAGAGAUUUCUUCAAUGUGCCUACCAUAAAGAUAUUCGGCCUGAUCUUUGUGCUGAUCAUCUGUAAUCAGUUGUCGGGCAGCUUCGCCAUCUUCAACUACACAUCGCACAUCUUUGCGGAGCUGGGCAACAAAUUGGAUCCGAAUACCUGCACCAUUGUGGUGGGGGCUGCCCAACUGUUUGGCAUACUCUGUGCCGUUGUCCUGGUGGAUCGCCUGGGACGUCGUGUGCUGCUGCUCACUUCGAUGGCUGGCAUGGGUCUGGGAGAGCUGGCCAUUGCCCUGCUGAAGAUUUGCUGCACACCGGAGUUUCUGGAGGAGAAUGGCUGGCUGCCGCUGGUGGUGAUGUGCUUCGUGGCAGUCAUUGCAUCGGUGGGUGUUAUAGCCCUGAUCUUUAUCAUUAUCAUAGAGCUGUUGCCAGCAAAGAUCCGCUCCAUUGGCACCUCUUUGAGCAUGGCCACGUUCAGUGCCUUCAUCUUCAUCGCGCUGAAGAUCUAUCCCACCAUGAUCUACGAUGAGGGCCUGCCCGCCACCAUGUUCAUGUCGUCGGGCAUGUGCCUGUUUGGUUUCAUUGUCUUGGGACUCUAUCUGCCGGAGACCAAAGGCCGCUCCAUGACGCACUGAUGCCGAUUGUUGUCGUGUGAAAAUCAAUGAUGUCUCGACAUCAACCUCCGGCCACGCCAAAACUGUUUGCCUGCCUUUUGUUGCAAAGCCAUUACAUAAGAGACUCGACAAUUUGUGGCUGCUCAUCCUGAACUCUUGAACUUAAUUCAAUUUUGGAGUACUCGGUUUGAGUUGGUUUUGCUUUGAUUGUCUGCGGGAUCAUCUGGGUAUAUUUUGUAAAUAGAAAUUUAAUUUUGUUAGGGAGAAAGUCUAUCGGGUCUGUGAUCUUGUGAUUGAUAUGAGCUCAAAGUGAAAUACGUGAAAUAGGUCUAAGUAGGUUGUUAUUAUUAGUUGAUUCAA